AACGUCAAAUGAUGAGAAUAAUAAAAAAUGAUGGGUUUCAGUUUAUUGGUGUUUUAAUUUUUUUUAAAUAUAGUAGUAAUAAUAAAGUUAUAUUGUUCAUUACUAUUAUAGUAUUUAAUAAUAAUCGGGAUCAUUUAUUACAAAUUAUUAAUUAUAUCUUGUAUUGAACUUAUCGUUUAGAAAUGCAUGUAUUUCUUAAUGAUCAUUAAUUAUUGGUGAAUUUAUGCAGUGAUAUCCAUAUGGUCGAUUCUUUAUUAGUCAUAGUUUUUUUAGUUACAAUCGGGGAUACUCAUUUACUUUACUUAUUUAAUACUAAAUCGGUUAUAAAUUGAAAGGGGGACUUGAACCUUUCAAUUUUCUUUGGGAAAUGGAAAUUUAUUACAGUAUAAAUAUAAAUAUGCCGGUAAUACAUUUAUUCUUUUACUUUGAUCUUUG